UAUCAUCACGUGAUUUCACGCAUGUGACUUUCAUUUUUAGAGACACGGCAUUUUUCGUCGGUUUUCAGGUUUUGAUGAAAGAAUGGAUGCAGUGUUCAGUCAUAUCGACAAAAACCAGGAGAAGUAUAUCAAGCGUCUCUCAGAUGUUGUUGCUAUAAAGAGCGUUUCAGCAUGGCCAGAAACAAGACAAGAGAUCACGACAAUGGUGGAAUGGACAAAAGGGGAACUUGAGAAGCUAGGAACAACAUGUGAACUUGCAGACCUUGGAGAUCAGAAUUUGCCAGAUGGAACAAAACUGCCACUUCCACCCAUCUUGCUUGGAACAUUAGGGAAUGAUCCGAAGAAGAAGACAUUGCUUGUGUAUGGUCAUCUUGAUGUUCAACCUGCUGAAAAGGAAGAUGGAUGGGAUACAGAGCCAUUUGUUCUCACUGAGAAAGAUGGAAAACUUUAUGGGCGAGGGGCCACAGAUGAUAAAGGGCCAGUUCUGGCCUGGAUUAAUUGUCUUGAAGCUAUGAAAGAGCAGGGAAUGGAAGUUCCUAUAAAUCUUAAGUUUAUUUUUGAGGGAAUGGAGGAGUCUGGCUCAGAAGGACUAGAUGAGUUGGUGUUCUCUAAAAAAGACACUUUCUUAAAGGGUGUAGACUUUGUUUGUAUAUCUGACAAUUACUGGUUGGGAAAGAAGAAACCGUGUAUCACAUAUGGUCUCAGGGGUAUUUGCUACUUCUUCCUGGAGAUACAGUGUGCGUCAAAGGAUUUGCACAGUGGUCUUUUUGGAGGAACAGUUCAUGAAGCAAUGGGUGAUCUCAUUCACAUUAUGGGCACCCUCGUAGACGUCAACGGCAAGAUACUCAUACCUGGCAUCAAUGAUUCUGUCGCCAAGCUCACUGAAGAGGAACAGAAACUUUAUGGACCAAUCGAUUUUGACACAAAUGAGUACAAAGAAGAUAUAGGUGUGAAGAAGUUGAUACAUAGUGAGAAACAUGAAGUUCUGAUGGCUCGCUGGCGAUACCCGUCACUCUCUUUACAUGGUAUUGAGGGAGCUUUUAGUGGUGCCGGAGCUAAGACUGUGAUACCAAGAAAAGUGACUGGGAAAUUUUCUAUCAGACUGGUUCCUGAUAUGCAGCCUGACCAGGUUGAAAAGUUGGUAAAAGCACAUGUAGAGAAGGUCCAUAAAGAGAGAGGCAGUCCGAAUGAAAUUAAGUUAUAUUUGGAAGGAGGCGGAGGAAAACCAUGGGUCAGCGACUUUAAUCAUCCAAAUUACACAGCUGGUAGAAAUGCUGUAAAAACAGUGUUUGGAGUGGAGCCUGACCUGACCAGAGAGGGCGGAAGUAUUCCAGUGACCUUGACAUUCCAAGAGGCCACAGGCAAAAAUGUCAUAUUACUCCCGAUAGGAGCCUCAGAUGACGGAGCCCAUUCACAGAAUGAAAAAAUUGACAAAUAUAACUAUAUACAAGGGAUCAAGCUACUUGGAGCAUAUAUGGAUGAAAUUGGAAAAACUGCAUAAAUAAAUAAUGGGAGAAGUACAGAAUAGAUCUUGACAUUUAAGAUCAAAUAAAACCAGUGUUUUAAAUCGGGCUAGAUUAAUGGCAAAAUUUUGUCCCGCCGCAAUGUAUGACAGAGUAGCUUUUACUUUUCACUUUUAAGGAUGUUUUGGUCACGAGUAAAGGUUGAAUUAAAGUUUAGUGAUAUUAUUUAAACAGAAUUUGACUUGUUGGAAGUGUGAUACAGUAUUUGUAUAAUCAGACAAAUCAACACUAGAUUUAGUAUUUGGUGAAGGCUAUUUUUAUAGUAAAGCAUUUUAUUGGAAUUUAAUCUUGUGAAACUAUAUAUACUUAAAGAUGAAAUGGGUUUAAUUCAUUCCCUGAAUAUUUUGAUUUGGUUUUUCAGACAUAAUAAAAUUUAUAAUCCCAGUUUAUUAUACAAUAUGUGAUUAACAUUAUAUAAUUAACAGGGUUUUUAAGGAUCACAUCUCAGCCUCUCAGGCAUACUCCUGAAAUAUUAUUUUGAUAUUUUGCAGAAUGUACCUUCAAACAAACUUACUUAUUUUUUAUUUCAUAUAGUAAUAAUUUGUUGGUUGGGAUAUUUAUAUCCUUUAAAAGUUUUAUUUCUUAUCUUGGAAAUGCAUUACAUAAUCAUUGAAUAUCAGGGUACUAGUAUGAUAAUACUUUCAAAUAGCUUUCUUUUACUGUUCUCAACAAUAUAAUUUGUUCAUUCAUUUAGACCUUUCACUUCAAUCAUUUUAGUUACAAGUAAAGAACAACAGCAUUAUUUAUAUAAUUUAACUUAACAACAAAUGUCUUUUAACAACCACCUUACAUAGCUGGCUUUAUAUGCUUCGUCAGUACAUUUUAAUUGACUACACAGCUAUUCCUAAUAUUUGUCAUUAUACUGUGAAAUCGUUAAUAUUCAUGGGGGAAUAAUUUUCAUGGAUUUUGUGGUUGAGUCAAUCCACGAAAUUUAAUCCCAACGAACAAGUAAAAUUUCCUUUCAUUUUAUGUUAAAAAGUUGAAAUCCACAAAUUUAUAUCCCCACGAAAUUGCCGUCUUGACCAAUACCACAAAAUUUCAUGCCCACAAAAUUAAAUGAUUUUACAGUGCAGUCAAACUUUGUUCGCUUUAUGGACCAGCAAAAUUUGGAACAAUUUACAUUAUGCAGGAAUUUUGCAGAGACCUGUCAAUGAGUUCAAGCAAAGGGCAGUGUCCGAAUUAUCCGAGUUCGAGCAGACGAAGUUUGACUGUAAUUCAAUUGACUACGUAGUUGCACCUAACUUUUGUCAUAUCUUUCUCAUGUAGUUUUGUCAUUACUAUAACAACAAAUAAAGUACUAUUUUUAUA